CAUCAACAACAACAACAACAAAAAUCAAAGAAAAAAACAAUAUAAUGACUAAGUUCAUUACAGUCUUGAUUGUAUUAAGCUUUUUGUUUGCUACUCAGUUUUCCAAUGCAAAUGAAUUAGAAUAUUCAUCAGAGUCUAUCCACACGGAAGGAGGAGAGGGUUCUGUAAAAAUUGGAGAUUGUCCGGCGGCAUGUGAUGUUCGAUGUUCAGCGACAUCCCACAAGAGUGCUUGUUUGAUGUAUUGCAACCAAUGUUGUAAGAAAUGUUUGUGUGUACCAUCAGGAACAUACGGGCAUAAAGAAGAAUGUCCUUGUUAUAACAACUGGAAGACCCAAGAAGGUGGACCAAAAUGUCCAUAAUUGUCAAAAUAUAAAAAGAGAAAACAAUUUUAUUUCAAUAUACGUAAAUUUUAUGGUUAUUAUUACUUAUGAAAUAAAUUGAAAGUUUUAUUUAACUA